GACGACCAAUGGUUGCAAUUUGACAUUGGACCUCCCACCCUGAUUAGCGGAUUGGUCACCCUGGGCAAGGGCGACACCCUCAAGAACCAUUGGGUGACCAGGUACCACGUGUCGUACAGCAAUGAUUCGGCCCUAUGGUACUACUACAUAGAGGGCAUCAACUCUGAAAUUAAGGAAUUUGAGGGAAACCAGGAUAAAGACACGCCCCGAACCCAAUACUUCAAAUCUCCAUUUGUAGCCCGUUUUGUCCGCAUUCACCCUACCCAAUGGAACGUGCAAAUUGCGAUGAGGGCUGGCCUAUUGGGCUGCCCCUUUAACGACCAGUGCGGACCUGAGUUUGUCAGGAUUGCUAAUAACACGCCUUGUGGUUGGUUGGCUAUUUAUAAAAGUGGGCUUGGUUUGAAUAUUAAUGGAGAUGUGUGUGGUGGGCGUGGUUUGAAUAUUAAUGGAGAUGUGUGUGGUGGGCGUGGUUUGAAUAUUAAUGGAGAUGUGUGUGGUGGGCGUGGUUUGAAUAUUAAUGAAUAG